CUUUCCUAAAUACGAAAUCCCAAUAUCUUACACGCCAAGUCGCCAACUACUUCUUCACAUUCAGUUGGCGGCGGCGGCGGCGGCGGGAGAAAGCAGAAGCAGCGGCAACGCAUCGUCCAGUACCGGCGCUGGCUCUGGAAGUUUCAUUCGAAGGAGGCGUCUCAAAUCUCAAGCUUCUCCAUUCUUACCCAGCUUUUUUCGUUCUCAUUCGAGCAAAAAUGAGUUCCCUCCAGAUGACUUCCGGCGUCGCGGUGUCUCAGGCAUUCAAUCCCCGCCGAUUGGCACUCAAUCCGGAGCGAUUACGGUCGCGGGGAAUCAGAUUACAAGGGAGAAAAGAAGCAAUCUUAUCAUGUGUCAACGUGGACGUCAAGCCUUCGCCGGAUAUUGCCGCCAAAAAAAUGGAGGGUAAUGGAAGCAAGGAGAUAAUGGAGGCGGAAGCGAAAUUGAUUGUGGGGACUUACGCCAGAGCUCCUCUGGUGCUCGCCAGCGGCAAAGGGUGUAAAUUGUACGACGUGGAGGGACGGGAGUACUUGGAUUUGACCUCUGGGAUUGCAGUGAAUGCUUUGGGGCACUGCGAUUCCGACUGGCUUAAGGCUGUGAUCGAGCAGGCUAAUCUGUUGACUCAUGUCAGCAAUGUCUACUACUCUGUCCCUCAGGUUGAGCUAGCCAAGCGUCUGGUGGCUAGUUCGUUUGCUGAUCGGGUGUUCUUCUCGAACUCUGGGACCGAAGCCAAUGAGGCUGCGAUUAAGUUUGCGAGGAAGUUCCAGAGGCACUCGAACCCUGAUGCCAAAGAGCCGGCGACUGAAUUUGUGUCUUUCAGUCAUAGUUUCCAUGGUAGGACGAUGGGUGCACUUGCUCUGACGAGCAAAGAACAGUACAGAACCCCCUUUGAACCCGUCAUGCCUGGAGUUAGCUUCGUGGAGUUUGGAGAUAUAGAAGCCUCGAAGAAGUUGAUUCAACGAGGGAAGACUGCUGCGGUUUUCGUUGAGCCGGUCCAAGGUGAAGGAGGGAUAUACAGCGCGAGGAAGGAGUUCUUGCAGUUUCUGCGUGAUGCGUGUGAUGAAGCUGGAGCUCUUCUGGUCUUUGAUGAGGUGCAAUGUGGUUUAGGUAGGACUGGCCAGCUCUGGGCACACGAACCAUACGGUAUCUUCCCUGACAUAAUGACCCUCGCCAAACCACUCGCCGGUGGACUACCCAUCGGAGCUGUCCUGCUAACCGAACGGGUUGCCUCAGCCAUCAACUACGGCGACCAUGGAAGCACAUUUGCAGGGGGUCCUCUCGUCUGCAGUGCUGCCAUCUCCGUCCUGGACAAGAUCUCGAAACCCGGCUUCUUAUCCAGUGUCUCCGAGAAGGGACAAUACUUCAAGAACCUCUUAACCCAGAAGCUGGGCAAGAACCCCCACGUCAAGGAGAUUAGAGGGCUCGGUCUCAUCAUUGGAAUAGAACUGGACGUAUCAGCCUCACCUGUGGUUGAUGCAUGCCGAAACUCGGGGCUGCUGGUGCUGACUGCUGGAAAGGGCAAUGUGGUGAGGCUUGUGCCUCCAUUGGUUAUCACUCAGGAGGAACUCAGCCAGGCUGCUGAGAUAUUGGCAAAUGCUUUGCUGGCUCUUGAUGGAAGUGAUUCCUAAGUAGUAUGUAGGCAAAAAAUUGACUACUGUUGUCUAUUCUUAUAUUUACUUUUGAGUAGUGGGAUUUGGAUUCAGGUCUUUGGGGAGUAUAUUGUAAUUUGUAUAAUCUAAAUUUGGAGUUACGAUAAGCUUGUUUUGAGCAAAGGUGAGAAGCUUCGAGCUGUACUUCGUUUUUCUCGUGCUUGGUUUGGGAGCUUCGACAGGGCAACUUGGCAAGAUCUAAACAGAACUUGUUCAAGUUGAGUAAGUGUGUUCGCUUUCCAAGUUGUGUAAAGCAC